CAUUCACACUCAGGAUUUCACCUGCACAGCAAAUCAACUCACUACUCCUGACACCAUGAAUUACUACGGCAGCUACUACAGAGGCCUGGGCUAUGGCUGUGGAGGCUUCGGUGGCCUGGGCUAUGGCUAUGGCUGUGGAUGUGGCAGAUUCCGCAGAAUUGGCUAUGGCUGUGGCUAUGGGGGCUACGGAUAUGGCUCUGGCUUCGGAGGCUACGGAUAUGGAUGCUGCCGUCCAUCAUGCUAUGGAGGAUACGGAUUCUCUGGCUCUUACUAAAUGACUUGCUGAAAUUGGAAGCAGAGGAGAAACUUCCAAAUGUGUUUGGUCCUAUCCUGUGCUUUCAUUCCGGAAACAUCCAUUCUAUUGUCUUCAGCAUCGAUGGAUAGAUAUUUAUCAAUGGUUAAGCUGCUUCUAUAAAUAUCUGUUGUCUUUUUACUUUUGGAAUCUGUCAUCUGAGAGCAUAUUCAUGUAUAACCACUCUAAUUUGUUCCCAAUUUGCUUUAUUUUUUUUUUUUACCAUUGCCAUGAUGUUAUCUUUCGAUCAAGAUCUUAGCAAAAACCUGUAUUUUCCUUUUAUCAAAUAAAU